CAACACUCGUCACCUCCUUUCACUGCGGCGCCUUCGCUGAGCGGACUGCCCCGCUGCUCUCAUCCAAGUGUUCAGCGCAGCCUGUCGGGUCCAGUCAACGACCAGUGUCGGCUCUCCGGAAGUCUUCGGCAACUGCAGAAAUGCAAGCUAUCAAAUGCGUUGUGGUCGGCGACGGGGCUGUGGGUAAGACCUGUCUGCUGAUUAGCUACACGACCAAUGCGUUCCCCGGUGAAUACAUCCCCACUGUCUUUGACAACUACUCUGCCAAUGUUAUGGUGGAUGGGAAGCCAGUCAAUCUGGGCCUUUGGGAUACAGCUGGACAGGAGGACUACGAUAGGCUCAGACCACUAUCUUACCCACAGACGGAUGUGUUCUUGAUAUGCUUCUCCCUGGUCAGUCCGGCUUCCUUUGAGAACGUCCGAGCUAAGUGGUACCCUGAAGUGAGACACCACUGCCCCAACACACCCAUCAUCCUGGUGGGCACCAAGCUGGAUCUGCGAGAUGACAAGGACACCAUUGAGAGGCUGCGGGACAAGAAGCUCUCCCCCAUCACAUACCCUCAGGGUCUGGCCAUGGCAAGAGAGAUUGGGGCUGUGAAGUACCUUGAGUGUUCAGCACUGACCCAGCGAGGCCUGAAGACGGUGUUCGACGAGGCCAUUCGAGCUGUGCUCUGCCCUCCGCCUGUGAAGAAGAGGGGAAAGAGGUGCACCAUGUUCUGAGAUGAGGAAGACGCUGCUGAAAAAUGUCGACAACACCCACUACAUCUCUGAGAGGAUGGGGGGGGGAACUAGGUUGCGUGAGUGUGCACUGCUGAGAUCACUUCCUUUCUAUUGAUGUUUUUUCAACGCAAUAUUGGCAACAGGAUCAAUAUCUCCUCUGAUUGUUAUAACAUUACUGAAUAAGGUAAAAGACAUUGACUGUACACUUACUUUCUACUCAUAUAACCACACCGAGUUCCCAUGAGGGCUGAUUUUGGUUUCUAUUGCUCGUCUUAAGCAGCUUAGUCCUGUCUUUCUCAGUGCGCUUGCUUUUUGAAUGAAUGAAGUGUCUCCUCGCGAGUGAGUGAACUGUGAAUAAGUCUUAAGGUCGCUGAAAAACUCUUCGUUUUUAGAAACUUUUUCCAUCUUAUCACACCCAAAGGAGAAAUUUGGUGACCAGACUUAAGAAAAAUAGAGAAUGCAUCAAUUUAUUAUGAGAAACAUGAGUCAAAAAGCUGUUUUACACGAGGUUGUGGCACCCACAACCCACUUUGACUCCCUACUAUCACUUUGGGAAUCUUAGCAUGCGAAAAAUGACUUGUAAACCAGUCAGUAAAAUAUAAGCAGAGUGGCGUUAAUGACAUAUUUUCAUGAGAAAAAACUCAUUCAAAUGUAGCUAUGAUAGGCGUAUUCAUUAACACAAAUAAAAACAAUUCUGAAAAACUGUUUAACCAUAAUGACUUGAUGGAAAUGUCAGUUAAAAUGAGGGUGGAAAUGACCAUGUUUAUUAAGAGGAAUACAAAUGAAUAUAAUUUAGUGUAUCAGUCAGUAAAGUUAGUAAUUCCAGGAAUCUAAAUAAAAUAACAUAAUAAAACAAUGAUUAAAUCUACGGAAGAUUCUGGUUCGUUGUAGUUACUGUAUAUUUGUAUAUGUUUGGUGAUCAAUAAUCACAUUGUCGGUAAUUACAGAUAUCAGAUUUUAGCACUUAACAUAUGAAGUUGGAACAGAUACUAUUUUAGUUGUUAGUUUUUACAGUGUUUGUAUUUUCAACACCUUUGAACCAACGCAAUUAACUAGUCCCAUCAGUUUAGUCGAUAUCUUUAUGUGACAAAUGUAACGUCAAAAUAACCUCAACAAAAAAAUUGCAUUCAGUGGUCCUUUGCUGGCUGACAGUACAUUACCCAAACCUCCAUUCAUUGCGGUUCAUCGAUUAUUACACACACCGAUUUAAUCGCACUGUCUAACAAAUGAAAGUGAUAAGGAUAACUGGAAUAAACCGGAUUUAUUCCCAAUAUAUUUGGUCAAAAGACUAGUGAAAUGAACUUCAACUAAAUUUUGCAUUCAAAAAUGCGACCUAAGAUCUUUUGUGAGGGCUGUUUACUUAAUCGCCUUUGACUGGACAGAUCCAGUUAAAAAAAAUCCUCAAAUUACCUGAUGGAUGUUUUGUUGUUUGUUGUCAAACAUCCGCUGUUACCCGAGUGUUUUUCGGGUGUCUGAACUGUGAACAUGUGACAGACAAGCAUGCCAAACGUGGGGGCCGUACAACCUUGCUGCCUGAGUUCUGCCUCUGACGGUGGAGGAGUUUGCAUGAGUCUUCAAAUAUUCUAUCAUUGCUUUGAUGUUGUCAGUGUGCGCGUGUGGAAAAAAACAUUGUUUCAUUAUUUGGGGUAACUGCAUCAAAAAAGUAUUGUUUUUAAGCCACGUUUUUUGUGACCGGUUUUUGUACUAUUUCAUAUUGUACUGCAGUAAUACACACAACUGUCAACAGGAAUGGCAUUGACACCUACUGAUGUACAGAAUCAUUCUGAGGAAAGGAAUGCUUUACAAAUACAUUAAAGGGAAACUGCACUUUUUUGGAAUUCUGCUUGUCGUUCACAAUCACUAUGAAAGACAUGACGACGGAUGGAUUUUUUUAAUGCAUUCUAAAUAUGAAAUACAAGUAAAUAGAAAUCCGCUUACAGCGCAGCCAAUAGGAGCUCCAUUAUUCCGCCCAUAAAAUUCGAUGAAUAAUCAUUCAAAAAGCGCCAACAAUACCCCAUUUACAUUUCAUGACUUGAAUAUUAGCCAAGUAUUAGUAAUAUUGUUAUUAUAAGCGCAAACGCAGACAAACUAUUUAUUGUGGCGCUGUGAUAACUUCCGUGUGUCCCUAUGUUUACAUCAUCGAGUGGUCUGCCGUUUCCUUGCUUCCUUUCUCCCUGUAAGUUUAUUGUAGAUCUUAAAUCAUGCCUCUAACCUGAAAAGUAGAUGGCUAAGGAUAUAAUACGACAAGUUGGGAGACUUUGACGGCCAUUUAGGACCUGCAACUUGCCAGAACCACACGAAAAGCGCUUGUUCCACGUCACCCCCCGACCCCGUUUCUUUGUGAGGAUUAUGAGACAUUCUUCACCUAAAUGGGAAUAUAUGAACAUCCCAGCAGCUUGCAUCCUAAUGACAGCAGACCUUGUACAGUAAGUGAUGUGUUAUUAUGUUUGUUGGCUGCAGUCUGCAGUAAGCAGAAAUCAGUGAUCAAGUAGAAAAAAAAGCAAAUGUGAUGCGUUUUUGAAAUUAAUGUGCCGCGCAUUCUUAAAAUGAUCAAAAUACGUAAAUAUUAAAUGUUAUAAAUGUGCCUGUCACUACUUUACAUACAGUAUAUACUUACAUCAUGUAUAUAAAACCUCAAUGGAGGUGUUUGGAUGUUUUUAAGGGCUUUAUAGGCCGAAUUGAACGGCUCACAUCGGCUCUAUUGUAAGCAGAUUUUUGAUCAAAUUUUUUAAAUAUUUAGAUUGCAUUAAAACAAAAUCCAUCUGUCGACAUGUCUUUCAUAAGUAUUGUGAACGAUAGGCAAAAUUACAAAAAAAAGCGCAGUUCCCUUCUAAUGUACAUAAAUAUGUGGUUAUUAGUACUCUAAAAUGAUGCAAAGUGAUCCAUGUUGAAGUUUGAAGUUUUUCUGAUGAGGGUUGAUCUUCAUCCGUGGAAAUAAUGUUACCGUUUACAAAAUAAAUGCACUUCUGUAUGGUUGCAGGGCUUCACUGUGUGUUAAAAUGAUUUCUAAACGGCUGACAUUUCAAUCCAUCCAUCCAUGUGACUGUCACUCUCUGGUGGCCAGAUGCAGCACUUCCUUCACUUUUUGCUCAUGUUUAUUUUGGUCGGCAUAGCAAACUCGUGUGUCAGGACUAACGAAGGAGUCGAAGUGUACUGUAGCUGACAAACGCAGCACCUAAUUACUACUGCAUGGACAUUAUCUGGUUGUUUGGCACACUGUAAUUCUUAGGUGAGGUUCAAAUGCAUUGGCCAUGUAUGUAUGUAUGUAAUGUAAGAUGACUUGUAUACGUGUUCCAACUGUCUGGUUUUUUUUUUUAUUGUUUUAUAAUUACUUCACAUCUGUGUGGUUUAAAUUUUUGAAAUACUAAAUGCAAAUGUAUAUGUA